UCAGUGCAGCAUUUUUUUUAUUCAAGCAUGUCCUACCAUGAAAACCCAAACUGAUUGUAGAACCAAAAAUCAGAGCUCUGGGCUUGGAAAAUGCGGGUACUUUAAUCGCCAAACAUUUAUUGCUGCGAGAAAAAAAAACCCACAUCACACCCACAACUUUGGUCAAGUAGUCAUCGGUGCAUAUUUUACCCUUGGCUAUCCCAUUCGGCCGGUGGCAUUUUGGAUCUUGGAGAAUAUAUUAUAAAGCUUUCAUAGGAAAGUUUUUUCAAACCUUAGUUGAUCGUCCGUAUUCACUGUGUUUUGGAUAAUUCCUGUGUAAUCAUGGCUUCAAACGUGUCUCAUCCGUACUAUCCACUGGGCUUGGAGGUGCCCCACUACAAGGAGAACAGCCUCGGGCUUGCCGUCACACCAAUUACUCUGGGCUCCUUCGUUGUUAUCUUCGUGUGUUUCUGGAAGUUCGUGAAGCAGGACCGGUUUAACCGUCUUCUAGGAUCAUGGGAGAAGGCUACGCUGUGCUGGUGGGGGUUAUGUGGUUGCAUUCACAUGGUGUUGGAGGGGUACGUCAGCAUGAACAGCGGCACUUUCCCUGGGGAAAACAACAUCUUAGCGCAAAUCUGGAAAGAGUACACCAAGGGAGAUAGCAGAUACGUGCAGUCUGAUGCAUGCAUUGUAAUCAUGGAGGGACUGACGGCAUGGCUAGAAGGUCCCGGAUGUUUCUUCAUCAUGUGGGCGUUUCUUACCAGGCACCCAAUGCGUCACGUGCUCCAGUUCGGAGUCUCCAUUGGUCAAUUCUACGGUACGCUUCUGUACUUCUUCACCGAGAUGUUCGACGGCCUAACCCACGGCCCAAGGUUCCAUCCUCUGUACUUCUGGGGCUACGUCUUCGGCUUGAACUCACCUUGGCUCGUGGUGCCUCCAAUCUUAAUCUAUCAGUCAUGGAAACACCUUAACCUGGCCCAGGGGCUCCUUGACAAAGAGACUGGAUUCAACCCAGUAAAAGAGUUCUCAAAAAAACAUAGAUGAGUUGUUUUCCAUCACUUCAAUAUCACCUAUCUUUCUGAAAGUUUGUAUAAUACUCAGCGCCUUGAGUACCUUGUUUGAUUCAUGCUUUUGUAGUGUGUCACCUUGAUUUUUGCAAUAGCCUCCUUUCUAGGAUUUUGGCUCGUCAAGUGCAGAAGAUGCAGGUUGUGCAGAACUCUGCAGCUCGUCUUAUCUAUCGUAUUAGGAAACAUGAAUCUGUGUCUGUUAUCCCAAGAGACUUACACUGGCUGCCAAUUCACUCUCGCAUUACAUUCAAAAUAGUGUUGUUAGCUUAUGAAUGUCUUUAUGAUUUUGCGCCUCCUUAUUUGACCGAGCUGUUAACAUUGUACACACCUUCUAGAAAUCUUCGUUCUAAUAAGAAAAAGUUGUUUGUUAUUCCAUCCACCAGUGAUGACCAAGUCAUAUGGUGAACGCAGCUUCGUUCACACUGCCUCAACUUUAUAGAACAAUCUCCCAGAACAACUAAAAAACAUAGACUCCAUUGUUAAGUACAAGAUUGCUUUAAAGACGAACUUAUUUAACAUUUAAUUAUUCCAUUUUGUUUGUUACCCAGUACAUCUUGUCGUUGU